AUGCACUAUUCCCACACACUCCUUCAGGAGGACAAGGACAUCUACACCCACACCAUCGAUAGGGAAACGGUACCGAACGGUCUACUAGACGUACUACACGAUAACUGUGGCAAGGACUUCUACGUGGUCACACCGUGCUAUAGUACAUUACGUAGAGGAUACUCUAUGGAAGGCACCCGGUUGAUGGUACAAAAGUCACCCCCAGAAGGCUAUGAG